AUGUUCUGCGACUCCGUGAUUGCAAGAUUCGUGCCGCCCUGCCGUCCUCGUCUCGUCGCUCCGCAGUCCGACUGGGACGAGUACGACGACCCGAACACAGUUGUCACGAAGAUGCUGAGCAUCUUGGCGGACAACGGAAUCCAGGCCAACGUGCAGCCCGCCAAGCUGAAGGCAGGCAGCGGGGAGCACGUCUGCUCGCUGCUGAGCACGGUCGCGCGCGAGGUGCUUCGCAGAACGAACUUCGAGUACGCGCCUCCCACAUAUCCCGACGAGGGCCUGGCGGACGAGGCCGAGGUGGACAGCGACGCGGAGGUGCAUUCCGUCGGCGAGGACGAGAUGCAGAUGGACGGGGAGGAGGACGACCUCAUGUACCAGGAGGACGAGGUGAAGAAGCCGGAGGACGACGACGCUGAAGACCACGCGGUCUUGGAGUCGAAAAUCGACCCCAAGGAGUGGCUGCUAGAGAUCGAGCGCGUGGCGCCGAAGCUGAAGAUCCAGAUGCCCAACGACGCCAAGGAGUGGCGCACGCACCUGCAGCAGACCCGCGGCUACAAGCAGGUGAUCGAGACGCAGUUCCCCGCCGCCAAGGCGCAGUUGGAGAAGUUGCAGUCGCAGAUCUCGCAGGCCCUCGAUCGCAUCAAGUCCAAGGAGGCCUUCAUCAACGAGAAGUUCGACCACCGCGCGCUGGACUACAGGACGCAGCAGGAGGAGUUCACGCAGGUCAAGAGCCAGUACACGGAGCUCAGUGACGUCGUGAUGAAUCUGCAGAUCGAGCUCAAGAACGUGGGAGACGAGCUCGACGUUGUGAGAAACGAUCUGGAGGAUUACCGCGCAAGCAUGGCAGGAGUACCACAAUGA